ACUCUAACAGUGUUGACUUCAUAGUUAUCCAAUAACGUCAUUAUUGUACGCAAUUCGGGAGUACUAAAAAAUAUAAAUUGAAUUUUAUAUAAAGUAUAAAUGGCUAACAUAAGAUUCUUUGUCAUUAGUUAGCCAACACAAUCCAUUUUAUGUUUAUUUCAAUCCUGCUUAUCGUGUUGGAAAUGUACCACGUGCAAAUUAUGCGAACCUCUUGUAUACGUAUACCCUCUUUGCCUGUUUACUAAAUGAAAUUACAAGUUUUACAUUAUGAAAAGAUCGUUUUAAUACAAGAAGUUAAUUUCAUAUAGUAUUGCAUUCCUGCAGUUUAUGUAGGAAUCGAUAAAGGGCAGCAAGAAGCGCAAGCGUUAGCAACUAACGACGCAUGUCAGCUGUCAGCCGUGAUAUGUAAUAAUAAUCAAAGAUUUUUAAAUGGCUUGCGAUAACCGUAACAAAGUGUAUUUGGGCUAUGAAGACGAAUACGUCACUGAAAAGCAUCGCUCCCUUGUUAACUUUACCACCAACAAAAUUGGUGGUAAGCCGGACUGGCAUAAUACCAAGGGUCUGUUGUCGGCACCACAAUGCAGACUUUGUGGGUUGUAUCAACUGUUAGCGUUGCAACUUUAUGUACCCUUAGAUAAUUCCAAAUAUCAUCGUACACUUUAUAUAUUUGCAUGUAUUAAUCCUAAUUGUUGGAAUCAAAAUGAGAGCUGGAGUUGUCUGAGGGUUCAGUCAUUGGAAGAGACGACUAAUACAUGCUGUACAGAGAGUAGUACAGUCACAGUACCAUCAACAGCUAAUUGGCUUCCAGAGUCUGAUGAUUGGGGGGAUAGCUGGAACGAUAAUUCAUCUGAACAGAAUGGAAAUAAUUUACUGAAUGAUCCUAAAAAGUUUAGCCUCUCUGUGAGUAAUGCAAGCUUCGACGAGGAUUUGAAUGAUGAAUUCUCUGAGUUGCACAUGGAUGAUCCCAAUGCUAAUAGUCCUGCAAGUAUAGAAUCACCUAUCGGAGGAGGAGCAGUCGGCAGACUAGAUUCCCCACAUGCAUCUGCAGAAAUAGAAGGCGAAGAAAGUGAAGUUGUAUGCAUCGAUACUCCAACUCGACCUCAAUGUGAUUUAGUCAGCCUCCUUCAUGAGGUAACUCCGCUACCGGUUCUCCAUAUAGAAUCGAAGGCAGAACCGAGUCUCACUUUCACGGAAAUAUUCAUUUCCGUCGAUGAGGAGGAUUGCAGCAAUCAAGUACCGCAACACGUACGCGAUCUAUACCUCGAAUAUCAGCGACGUAAUCCUGAGUUAUCCAUGAAUGCUGCAUUAGAAUCCGGAGACUCCAAAGGCACAGAAACUAAUCCUGAGAAAUACGAAAAAGGAAUACCGGCACAUGGGGAUGAGAUGUUCCACGAUUUUCUCAGUCGGAUACAGAUCAACCCAGGCCAAAUAUUAAGGUAUUCCCGAGAUGAUACAGCUCCAUUAUUAUUAUAUCCAAUGGGUGGUUGCACAGGUCGAUGUAGGCAUUGUGGCGACGAGAUGAUAUUUGAGCUCCAAAUUCUUCCAACAAUUAUUCCUAAGCUUAAACUAAAUCCUAGACAUGAACGUAACUUCCAAAUAGAAUUUGGUACAGUUUUGAUAUAUACCUGUGUAAGAAGCUGCUGGUCCGCAACAGAUUCUUAUAGAGAGGAACACGUUAUCGUACAAGCCGAAAGAUUGUAGUAACAAUUCUGAAUGAAUGAUUAUAAUGAAGAGGAGUACAAUCUAACAGUCUACUAGGACAAUUACUGUCAUGUUACCUACGUAGAAAUGUACCGUCCACUGCUUCAUACACAUGAGACAACUCGUAACAGAAAGUCAAUUUUAUAUUGAACUCGAUGUUACUCGCCUCGAUAAGUAUUUCUACAGAUGUCAGUGCUGUCGGUAUGAAUGAGUAGUUUUAUUCUCUAGUCGGGAGUCUUGAGUACAUAUUUGAUUACUCAUAAAAAUAUCCUUAAAUGAUACUUAUAAAUUGUGAUUAAAAAGUUUUGCUAAGACAGAUAUAAGAAUUUCGACGACAGAGUAAUUUGUAAGGAAUUAGUAGCGGGACAUGCUCUAUAUAAUUUCUGUCAUUAUCUUAGUUUUCGAAUUUAGAUAUUACACUGCUGUUAAGAAUUGAUUAUUAAUAUUAUACUGAGCUAUCUAAUUUCGACAAUGAAAGAUUUUUGUGCAUUUUAACUGGAUCGCCCUGUACAGUUUUUCUCUUUUGUUGACUUAUAGUCAAAGUGAAUAAGUAAAAACUAUUGAAUUAUUUCCAUAGUUAUAUUUUCUGGAUUAUUUAAUGAAGUAGGAUAUAUCGAAUUCGAAUAUCUUACAAUUAGAAACUUCUAGAAUGUGACUCGAUACGAGACGGAGGCCGAAGUUCGAUGUGAUUGUCACUGUAAACACCAGGUAUAUUAGUUAUUGUUAUUACAUAAUUUGUAACGUAUAAGAUCAAUUACUAACAGUAUAUAGAAUAAACCAUAGAAAACAAAGAAAAGUGGUACAGUCUUCGGCCGUUUUCGUAUGACGACUAAUUCACGUAUGAAGUAUUGAGUCAAGCUAUUGUAGAAAUGAUGCUUACAAAAUUCUAUUUAAAAAAGUUGUUUUGUUAUAAAGCAAUUAAGAUAAUAUGAAAUUACUAUCGAUAGUAAUUAAUUACACAUUAGUUUCUACUUUUCAAAGCCUUUGACUAUUCUAGAGCUUUUUUGCCAAAGGACAAACUAAAACUGAAUCUUUUAAUAAUUUUGUUUAUGUAACUUGUACAUAACGUAAGAAGACAAAUUCGUUAUUUUAUUAUAUUAUUCUGUGCUUCUGCUAAAUCCAAAUAAGUCUCAAAAAUAAGUGGUAAAACAUAGUACUGCUAGUCUUUGUAAACUGUCCAAGUAGAAAAUAAAAAUAAAAAAAUCAAUGAUA